UUGUUAUUGAAUAUUAUUUUUUUAAUUAUUAAUUGAAUAAUUAUACUUAUUUUCGUGUCAUUACGAGACACGUGGUGAAGCACUAAAGUAAGAAACAUAUACAUGGAAUUAAGUACCACUGUUCUUUUACUCUACUUUAUGUGUUUAACUGGACAUGGAAGAAUGAUUGCUAAAACAUUUUAAACAAUCAAUCACAUGCUCAAAAUGUCCUAAUAAUUUGUACUAUUUUUGUUCUUUUGUUUCGCUCCAUUUCUCUCUUUCUAGCUCAUCCAUUGAUUGCCAUACACAUUUUCAGCAGAGCUGCAGCUUUCAAAUACUAUAUGUUUAAUAGUGUAAAAGCAGGUGGAAAACUAAUAUAAGCAUGGAAGAGAAGAGAAAAAUCAGUGGAGGAGAGGAAGUCCUCAUAACAGUUUCAAGUGAUGAAACUCUUAAAGGAUCCGGCUCAAAAGACGCAGAUAAUUUUGCUACUUGGCAGAGCAAACCAAAUUCACCUCUGAAAGAAUCUCCUGAUUCUAUGAGCAACUCUUCACCUAAGACAUCGAGGUUUAGCCUUAGUCCUAAUAAGCGCCCAAAAUUCCCCCUCACCACUGAAAAUCUCACUAGAAGAAAGCCAUCUGUGUAUGCAAAACCCAAGUCUAGAUUUGGUGAACAGCCAGUUCCUGUUGAUGCUUCUGUAUUGGAAGAUGAUAGUCUUACUCUUCAACAACAUAUGGUCAGGAAUUCACCGUUUAAUAUAGUAUCACCAGACAUUAACUCCUCCACUCUGAAAUCACCAUUGAUGGCAUCUUUCGAUGGACCUUCAGAUGAUGAGGAAGAAGUGGAGGAGGAUAUUGUCAAGAAAGUUGAAUCGAAUCAAGCUAAGCGUAAGAAAGCAGGUAUUAAGGCGGUGGUUCAGUGGAUUCCAUUUGUGUGCGUCGUUGGGUGCUUGGUGGCUAGCUUGACUGUUAAAAAACUGAAAAACCCCAUGAUUUGGGGCUUGGAAUUCUGGAAAUGGUCUGUGCUUGUGUUGGUUACAUUAUCUGGCAUGUCAAUCACUAAUUGGAUUAUGCAGUUUAUCGUUUUUCUGAUUGAGAGGAAUUUUUUGCUGAAGAAGAAAGUGCUCUAUUUUGUUUAUGGGUUAAAGAAGAACGUUCAAGUAUUUGUUUGGAUUGGUUUGGUUCUUCUUGCGUGGGAAUUUCUGUUUACUCGUGGAAUUAAGCGAUCUAAGACUGCCACCAAGGUUCUAAAAUUUGUUACUUGGACUCUUAUUUCAAUUCUUGUUGGGUCAUUUUUGUGGCUGGUGAAGAAUACAUUGUUAAAGAUUUUAGAAUCCAAUUUCCAUGUCAACAGAUUCUUUGAUAGAAUCCAAGAAACAGUCUUUUGUCAGUAUGUUCUGCAAACUCUUUCAGGGCCUCCACUCAUAGAAGAGGCCGAGAGGGUUGGCAAAUCACCAAGCAGUCCUCAAAUGAGCUUCAAGAGCUUCAGAAGGGGAAGAAUAAAAGAAAAAAAGGUGAUUGAUAUGGGAAUGGUUCAUAAGAUGAAGCAAGAAAAGGUUUCAGCUUGGACCAUGAAGGUUUUGAUCGAUGCAGUCACAAAUUCAGGACUUUCUAUAAUUUCUAAUACAUUGGAUGAUGAGAGUGCUGGUGUUAGGAAGAAACUGGCUGAUAUGGAGAUUACCAAUGAGAUGGAAGCAACUUCUGCUGCCUAUCACAUUUUCAGGAAUGUUGCUAAGCCUGGUUGGAACUACAUUGAUGAGGAGGACCUUUUAAGGUUCGUAAUUAAGGAAGAGGUGGAUCUUGUUUUCCCACUGUUUGCAGUAUCCGAUAAUCGUCAAAUUGACAGAAAAUCGCUAACAGACUGGGUGGUUAAGGUUUACAAGGGUCGGAAAGCUCUUGCGCAUGCUUUAGGAGACACCAAAACAGCAGUGAUACAAUUGAACAAACUUGUGACAGGGAUCUUGAUAAUCGUGACCUUUAUUGUUUGGCUUCUUUUGAUGGAAAUUGCAACUACAAAAGUACUCGUACUUCUCUCAUCACAGCUUGUAGUUGUAGCCAUUAUCUUUGGGAAUACCUGCAAGACCAUAUUCGAAGCAAUAAUAUUUGUUUUCGUAAUGCAUCCAUUCGAUGUUGGUGAUCGGUGUGUUGUUGAUGGCGUGCCUUUGUUGGUGGAGGAAAUGAACAUCUUAAGUACAGUUUUCUUGAAGCUUGACAAUGAAAAGAUUUACUUUCCGAAUUCUGUUUUGGCUACAAAGCCAAUUAGCAACUAUUACAGAAGUCCCGACAUGGGAGAUACUGUGGAAUUCUCAAUUGAUUUUGCAACACCAACGGAAAAGAUUGGAUUGCUGAAAGAUAAAGUCAAGCAUUACUUGGAGAGGAAUCCUCAACACUGGCAUCGUAAUCACAGUGUGGUGGUGAGGGAAAUUGAGAAUGAGAACAAUUUAAGAAUGGCUCUCUACUGUAAUUACACGAUGAACUUCCAAGAAUACAUAGAGAAAAACAAGCGUCGAACUGAACUCGUCCUCGAGAUAAAAAGGAUUUUCGAAGAGCUAAGUGUACAAUACCAUCUUUUGCCCCAACAAGUUUAUCUCCGCCACCUUGGAACAGAAUCAACAAUUGUAGCCAAAAUGUGAAACUCUCGUGGCAAUUUGAUAGCACGAAAAUCGAGUUGCUCGGAUAUCAGUUUACUCCAAUAGCAAGUUGUAAUGUCUGAUCAAAUGAGGUUGACAUUUGUAUCAAAAGUUUACUAUUCUUGGUUACUUUCAUGUAAAUUUAAAUUAGUUGGUUCUGAUACUUAUAUUAUCUAUAUAAUUCAGGUCAUUUACCUUA